GGGCCACGCCCCAUGUCAUCACCUGCACUGUGGAGCACGACUCCAUCCGUCUGCCUCUGGAGCACAUGGUGGAGGAGCAAGUGGCCGUGAGUGCCGGGAAUGAGCGCUGGCUCAGCGCUGAGUGCGUGGAGGUCAAGUUCGUGGGUCCCUGAGACGCAGAAAGGAGAGCCUUCCACAGAGUGAACCCACCAACUGAAGCUUCAGUAAGGAAGCGUUCAAGUCGAUCACCUCUGCGGUCACCUUCGUCCCCGUGUCCACGGUGAGCGGGCAGGCAGAGGCUGACGACGUCCUGGCGGCCGUUCGCCCGGCCACGUGCCUUGUGACCAUCAUGCUGGCGAAUAACGAGACGGGCGUCGUCAUGCCCAUCCCUGAGAUCAGCCGGCGAGUUAAAGCCCUGAACCAGGAGCGGGCGGCUUCCGGGCUGCCUGCCGUUCUCCUGCACACGGAUGCCGCGCAGGCCCUGGGGAAGAGGCGCGUGGAUGUGGAGGACCUGGGCGUGGACUUCCUGACCAUCGUGGGGCACAAGUUCUAUGGCCCCAGGAUCGGAGCACUUUACGUCCGAGGACUCGGGGAACUGACCCCUCUGUACCCCAUGCUGUUCGGAGGCGGACAAGAACGGAAUUUCAGGCCGGGGACGGAGAACACCCCGAUGAUCGCCGGCCUCGGGAAGGCUGCUGAGCUGGUGGCAGAGAACUGCGAGGCUUACGAGGCCCACAUGAGGGACGUCCGCGACUACCUGGAGGAGAGGCUGGCGGCUGAAUUCGGUGAGAAGAAAAUCCAUCUGAACAGCCAGUUUCCGGGGACUGAGCGGCUCUCCAACACGUGUAACUUCUCCUUCCGGGGACCCCAGCUCCAAGGCUGCUCGGUGCUGGCGCAAUGCAGGACGCUGCUGGCCAGCGUGGGGGCCGCGUGCCACUCGGACCACGGGGACCGGCCAUCCCCAGUGCUGCUGAGCUGUGGCAUCCCCUUUGACGUGGCCAGGAACGCGCUUCGGCUCAGCGUGGGCCGCAGCACCACCCGGGCCGAGGUGGACCUCGUAGUGCAGGACCUGAAGCAGGCCGUGGCCCGGCUGGAGGGCCAGGCCUAGUGUCAAGGCCACCUCAUAGGAAGCCUCCGAGGCCUGUGCCAGGGUCGCCUUCCCUGCAGAGUCGGAGUGGGCGGCAGCUCCCUCUCUAAGUGGGUCAGUGUGGAGCAGGUUCCCCAGGCAUACAGGCCCGGGACACACACACCUGCGUGGGCCUAUCGCUGUCACUGCUGCCCAGUGGCACGGGUUGAAGUGGAGACGCUUUGGCUGUGCCCACACUCCCGCUAGGAAGCGAGUACCCCCUUCAUAGAAGGUGGCAUUUUUAUCAGGAAGAUGAAGUCCUAGUAUUUAUAAUUGACUAGAGGCCCGGUGCACGAAAUUUCGUGCACUGGGGGGAGUCCCUCAGCCUGGCCUGUGCCUUC